UGGCAUUUCAAACUCACAGAAGACAAGCUGUUCUUCUCGUCAUGUCUGAAUACAGAUUCCCCAUGGCGUCUCUAUUAAAUUCUCCUUGGGCCCAAGUUGGUGCCGGCUACUGCAAAACCCUUCCUCUCGAAGCCUUGGUAAAUAAAGGUGCAAGAAUUCACGUUGAGCUGCAUCAUGCCCGUUAUCUUGCAACAGCCUUCCAAAACUACUACGGUAGUCCCGCCGCUCAGCAUGAACGAGUCAGCCAGUUCAGCUGCGUUCCAUGCAGCCGUUAACCCUGGGGACGAGGAAGGAGAAGGAAAAGCCUCACGGCACCGCGGGCGGAUUGUGAGCCCCAUCCGCUCUCCAACAUUCCGACGCUUCAAAAGAGGGGGAAGGGCCGUGUCUACGGGUGCGAGAGCUGCCUCUCCACCGCUCUACACGCGGGUUCUGGGUAUGGACACCGAUGACCCGGCCUAUGACACCAUAUUGUCAUCCUCUGAUCCGGAUGAAGAGUACACUCCGGCUACCACGUUGUCGAGUUCGCUUCCAGGGCCAACGGAAUCUGGUCCGUCGUCUGACACUCCGGCUAUGAGCUACCAGCCUAGACCACCACAAGCGACCCAUGCACGUCGACCGAGUACGCCUUUGUCGAUGACGGGCUGACCGUAUAUUAUGCCCCCUUCGUUGGCUGCAUCAACGCUAGAGAAAGUUGCUGCCCUUUCGCUUCACUGGCCCCCGCAGAGACGACGCAGAAUCCUGGCGCCACCCCAAGUGUGCAACCCCAACCGCUAGAUGCGAAAGACACUACCUUGAACAGCUGUCCCUUAGCCUACUACUCCGCCUUGGGAAGUUGUUGCCCCAGGUAUGUUCGGAGUUCUUUGUCACAGGAGCAUCAACUAA